ACAACACACGCAACAUUAAAAAAAAGACCAUAAACUAUUAUGCAUUGCUUUAAAACGAGAAACGUGAAUUCAAGAAACAAAACAUUGUGCAUACAAGAGACAGAUAAUGGGAACUAACGAAAUUGAAGUAGUUUCUUCAGAACUCAUUGAAAGGGUACCUCACCACAACAAUGGUUCACUUAACAGAAGAAAAACAAAGUCAAACUCAGUUAUAUCUCCGGAACUGGAACAAGAUGAUGAAGAUGAUGAUGAUGAUGAAGGUUUUGCUGAAGCAACUUUCGUUCUUCAAGGUGACUCUGUUACUUUAGAGAGUGUUAAACCUGUUACUGAUAAUGGAGAAAUUGGCAAACUAGAGAAGAAAAGAUCUUUUGGUGUUUCGGUUGUGAAAACUGCUUCUUUUCAUUUGAAGCGUUUAGCUGCUUUUUCUAAAGUGAAGAAGUAUGAUAGGACUGAUUCUGCAGCUUUUCAUGCUCUCAAGAAAUUCAAGUUUAUCACUGUUGCUAAAACUGAUGGUGAUAAUGGAUGGUCAGAGGUUGAGAAGCGGUUUGAUGAUAUUACUGAAGAAACUAAUGGUUUACUUCAUCGUUCUCAAUUUUCCAAAUGCAUAGGGAUGAAAAAGGGGUCUGAGAACUUUGGAGGUGAGCUUUUUGAUGGUAUGUGUAGGAGGAAGCAUAUGGUUCCGGAUUCAAUUGAUAAGGCAGUGAUGAAGGAGUUUUGGGAACAGAUUUCUGAGCCUAAAUUUGAUUCUAGGCUCAAAACAUUCUUUGACAUGAUUGAUAAAAAUGGAGAUGGCAGAAUCACGGAGAAUGAAAUUACAGAGAUUAUUAGCCUUAGCGCCGCUACAAACAACCUCUCAAACAUAAAGAAUCAGGCAAAGGAAUAUGCUGCUUUGAUCAUGGAAGAACUAGACCCUGAUGGCUUAGGAUAUAUCAUGGUAGAACACCUGGAGAUGCUCUUGUUGCAUGGAUCAGAUGAUUCUACAGAAAUAGAGAGUAAGGACCUGAGCCAAAUGCUAGAUAGCAUAAAGCCAAGGUCUAAAUAUGAAGACAGUCCUAUUGGGAAGAGGUGUAUAGAGACAAUUAACUUUCUGCAUGACAAUUGGAAGAGAAAUUGGAUAUUAAUAUUGUGGAUUAGUGUUAUGUGUGCUCUAUUUACAUACAAAUUCAUACAGUAUAGAAGAAAAGCUGCUUAUGAGGUAAUGGGACAUUGUGUGUGCAUGGCUAAAGGUGCAGCUGAGACACUCAAAUUGAACAUGGCUAUUAUCUUGUUACCUGUUUGUCGAAAUACUGUUACAUGGCUUAGGAGUAAGACCAAGCUAGGCAUUGUUGUUCCUUUUAAUGACAACCUCAACUUCCACAAGGUAAUAGCUGUGGCAAUAGCAAUUGGAGUUGGUAUUCAUGCUAUUUAUCAUCUAGCUUGUGACUUUCCUAGCCUUCUUCAUGCAAAUAGUGAAAAGUACAAACUUAUGGAACCAUAUUUUGGAAAACAACCAACAAAUUAUUGGCAUUUUGUGAAAUCAUGGGAAGGAGUAACAGGGAUUAUAAUGGUUGUUUUAAUGACAAUAGCUUUCACAUUGGCUAGUCCUUGGUUCAGGAGAAGUAGGGUGAAGGUGCCCAAACCUGAAAAACUCAAAUGCCUUGAAACCCUUGAUAGUAGAAGAAAAAUAUUUGCUUUCAAUACACUCAAAAUCCUCCAACCCCUUAAUAAUCUAAUUGGUUUCAAUGCCUUUUGGUACUCUCAUCAUCUCUUUGUGUUUGUCUAUGCCCUUUUGAUUGUGCAUGGAAUCAAACUUUACUUUACUAAGGAAUGGUACAAGAAAACGACUUGGAUGUAUUUGGCUAUUCCCAUCAUCAUAUACGCAUUGGAAAGAUUGACGAGACUACUCAGAUCACGUAUCAAGUCUGUGAAAAUAUUAAAGGCUGUUGUUUAUCCUGGAGAUGUGUUGGGACUUCAUAUGUCAAAACCUAAGGGGUUUAAGUACAAAAGUGGACAAUACAUGUUUGUAAAUUGUGCUGAUGUCUCUCCAUUUCAAUGGCAUCCAUUUUCCAUAACCUCUUCCCCAGAAGAUGAUUACCUUAGUGUUCACAUCAAGGACCAAGGUGACUGGACCAAGAGUCUCAUAUCCAAAUUCAAAGAGAGUUGCCGUAAACCAACGGAUGGGCAGAGUGGACUUCUAAGAGUUGAUUGCUCCCCGGUGGAUAACAGCCCAAGUACUCUCCCUAAAGUUAUGAUAGAUGGUCCUUAUGGAGCUCCUGCACAAGACUACAAACAAUAUGAGAUAGUUUUACUUGUUGGCCUAGGAAUUGGGGCUACCCCAAUGAUAAGUAUAGUAAAGGACAUCUUGAAUAAUGUCAAGGCCAAGGAAAAUGAGGAAGGGAACACAAUAGAGGAAGGAACAAGAUCAUCACAAAACAAGAAAACACAUUUGAGUAACUUUAAAACUAGAAAGGCUUAUUUUUAUUGGGUGACUGGGGAACAAGGUUUCUUUGAUUGGUUUAAAGGUGUAAUGAAUGAGGUAUCUGAAGAAGAUCAUUAUGGAGUAAUUGAUAUUCACAAUCACUUGACUAGUAUAUUUGAAGAGGGUGAUUCUCGUUCUACUCUCAUUGCUGCGCUUCAAUCAUUAAACUAUGCUAAAAACGGCAUUGAUAUCGUUGCUGGAACACCCGUUAAGUCUCACUUCGCCAGACCCAAUUGGCGUAGUGUCUACAAGCACGUUGAAGCUAAUCAUCCAAAUAAACGCGUUGGAGUAUUUUACUGUGGUAAUGCUGCACCUGUUGAAGAACUUCGUAAGUUAGCUUCAGAUUACUCUCACAACUCAAAAACAAACACCAAAUUUGAUUUUCACAAAGAGAAUUUCUAGAAAAAAAUGGAUAUGAAUUAUUGAAGACAAGAAGUGACGUUGGACACAAGAUGCUCUUUCAAUUACUGUACUAUUAUAUGGAGAGAUAUGUUUCUGAGCAAGUUUGGUCACAAGCUCAAAUAAAAAGUGAUAAUUUUGGCAUACACGUGAGUGGAAAAGGGUAGGAAAAAAAAAAGAAUUAAAUAAUAGUAUAUAUUAUUAUGUGUGUCUAAAUUAUUUUUAUUUUAAGUUGGUGACCAAGCUAUUGUUGAUUGUUUCUUGGUUGAACAAUUUAGUCGAAUAAUUUCAAGGAAAUAACAUUUUUUUUGGACACAUUUCAAGGAAAUAACAUGGAAUCUCAUUUAUUGGUAA